CUCUGCAGAAAAGCAGGUCGGAACUAAAGGCGCACGUAAACGUAAAUAGCGACGGGAUAUUUUUACCGUGACACAAAACGUCAUUGAUUUGGAGCAGUUAUAUUAUAUCGACUAGCCGAGCUUGAUGCAUCACUGAAUUGCAGCCUCAGGUGGUUUUGAUCGGUUAAUACUCGCAGGUCAGUAGUAAUGGAAGGGGCAGGGCCACCGGGCGUUGACCUCAGCAGGAAGUUUGUGUCGGAAGCUGAGCUUGAUGAGAUGAGGAAGAAGAGACAGGAGGAAUGGGAGAAAGUCAGGAAACCUGACGACCCAGAGGAUGCGCCGGAGGAGGUGUAUGACCCACGUUCCCUCUUUGAGCGAUUGCAGGAGCAGAAAGACAAGAAACAAGAGGAGUAUGAGGAGCAAUUCAAAUUCAGGAACAUGGUAAGGGGAUUGGACGAGGAGGAGAGCAGCUUCCUGGACGAGGUCUCCAGGCAACAGUGCCUGGUGGAGAAGCAACGCAGGGAUGAGGAGAAACAGGAACUGUUGGAAUACAGAAGCGCUUUAGUGAAGCAAGUGUCCACGGAAAGCCGCAAAGAGCCGGAAAAGAAGGUGGCUGCUAAACAACCGGGGGCGGAGCAAAGGACCAGCCACCUGUCUCAGGCCCAUCUAUUGGCUGGAGCUGUCAAGAGACGCAGUUCCUCCCAGUCGUCAGACAGCAGUAAGAAGCAGAGGUUAACAACAACAGCGACGACAGGAAACGGAGACAGACACACAGAACAGGAGCAUGGAGCAGGAGGAGAAGCAGGGGGAGCUGAAGAUCAACAAACAGUCCCCGGCCUGACGGCCAAGGCCCCCUCGGCUGCCCUGGGCUCCGGUCAAGGCGUGUUACACCUGCCGUCAGCGGCCGUGUGCGUCGGCGUUUUACCAGGACUCUGGGUUUAUUCUGGCAGCAGCGACUCUGACAGCAGUUCGGACAGCGAAGGUAGCGUGGACGCAAUCAUGUUGCCGUACCCCCGGCACAGUAGGGCCUACAGAUAGACAUGACACACACACACACACAUACAUACAUACAUACAUACAUACAUAUAUAAUAUAAUAUAGAAAAAUGCACUAAGUGAGUCCUUGCACACGUGUACGGACAUUCACAUUAAACCUUUUUACAUGUGCUUAGACAAGCGUACUCUCUCUGUUGAGUCAGAGAUUACCAGGCGAAGUGAAGUUUGCAUGCCUUCAGAAUGGCUAGCAAACAGAAAAGGUAUCCUCACACAGGAUACACACACAGAUUUAAACACACACACACACACACACACACACACACACACACACACACACACACACACACACACACACACAUAAAAGACGGAGCCAGCAGAAGUGUACCUAAAAAGCACACAAGUUUAGUAGUUGCUAUCCUCAUAACGCAUAACACUGGCAACACACACACACACACACACACACAUACACAUACACAUACCUAGGAAACAUUUUCAGUAUUCCUGUUGUUUUCACAGCUGUGAGUUGAACUGUUGCUCUUUGUCAUCAGACAAAGUUCAGCCGAGUAAUAUAAUCUUAAGAACCAGUAACAUUGAGACCAAUUUAAACUCUACUCUGAACUAAAUCUGUGUAUCUAUUCUAUCUAUUGUGGCACCCUUCCUUCCCUCAAUCACAUCUCACGCAGUUUAAGCCGAGCAACCAAUCCCGCACUGCCUACCCCGACGACAUCCUCCCCUCCCCCCUACACCCCCUACUCCCACCCAAGGCACAGCGACUGCAAGCUGUGCUGUUGGCUGAGGGAACAGUGGUUGACAGCUGUGGAGCAAGGAAGAGACUGCUUUAGACUGUCAAAUGAUUCGCACCUUUUAGCUAGCAGCAGCAGAGGACAGAGAGCCGGGGCAGGACACACUUCGCUCUCCGUUUGGUUUAAAUGCAAAGCGUGAGUGGUUUAAAAAAUAAUGUUUUUAUCAGUGUGAUGUAAUUUGUUUUCUCAUCAGUACUUUGUUUUAAGGUUCUGAUCAAAGUCUGAGCAGAGAGAAAUAAAGAGCCGCCCUUGUACUGUGUGUGUGUGUGUGUGUGUGUGUGUGUGUGUGUGUGUGUGGAACUUUUUUGUUAACAUCGGGGACUUUUUAUGGAUUUGAAAUAUGAUUUUGCAUUAAAUGGGCCUGUUUCUGUCACCCUUCCUUAGGUCAGUGGUUCGCUUGUGUUAAUGUCUGUAUGUCACCACCCAUCACAGGUAUGGUGUGUGGAUAUGGAUUAUGAAUAAGAGGUAAACGUAUCCAGUAUUUCACAAGAAAAAUGCUAAACUUAUAAAAUUGUCAGAAAUCCUUAUCCCUAUCCCAAUCCUUCAGAUUUAAAAUACUGUAAUAAAUAAAUAAUAAUACUUGGUACAACCACUAGUGGUUCUGCAUGCACAUGGUGAAACUUUUGGUUUUUAGAAUAGACUAAAAGGAAUACUUGAUUGAUUUAGCAUUACACUCCUGUAACAUUGUCAGACUCAUGAUGGACUAUAAUAAAUCCUACAGCUCCGACCAAAAUAUAAAGCUUUUAUUGACCAC